CCUUUGGAGUUUGAUAUGACGAUUAGGGAAUAACCAGAGUGACACGUUGCAAACUCUCCAUAAUCAAGGAGACCUUUUUCCCUGGCGGUGAUCUCCAAAAUUUCUCAGUGAGCACCCCUAAUUAACCUGAUUUUUUGCUGAUAAUCACUCACAAUGGAAUCAAAUCACAAAUCCGGGGAUGGAUUGACCGGCACACAGAAAGAAGCUGCCCUCCGUGCAUUAAUUCAGCGAACGGGAUAUAAUUUGAUCCAGGAAAAUGGGCAGAGGAAAUACGGAGGCCCACCACCCGGCUGGGAUGGCCCUCCACCGGAAAGGGGGUGUGAGAUCUUUAUUGGAAAACUGCCCCGAGACCUCUUUGAAGAUGAACUUAUACCACUGUGUGAAAAAAUCGGGAAAAUCUAUGAAAUGAGAAUGAUGAUGGACUUUAAUGGCAACAACAGGGGCUAUGCCUUUGUGACCUUCUCAAAUAAACAGGAGGCAAAGAAUGCAAUAAAGCAACUGAAUAAUUAUGAGAUUAGGAAUGGACGUCUGCUUGGGGUCUGCGCCAGCGUGGACAACUGCCGCCUGUUUGUGGGAGGGAUCCCCAAAACGAAGAAGAGGGAGGAAAUUUUAGCAGAGAUGAAAAAAGUCACAGAUGGAGUUGUGGAUGUCAUUGUCUAUCCUAGCGCAGCUGAUAAAACCAAAAACCGGGGUUUUGCUUUUGUGGAAUAUGAAAGCCAUCGGGCAGCAGCUAUGGCCAGGAGAAAAUUGCUCCCAGGAAGGAUCCAGUUGUGGGGACACCCUAUUGCUGUUGACUGGGCAGAACCAGAAGUGGAGGUGGAUGAAGACACCAUGUCGUCAGUAAAAAUUCUAUACGUGAGGAACCUCAUGCUCUCGACCACUGAAGAGACCAUAGAAAAAGAGUUCAACAACAUCAAACCAGGUGCGGUAGAGAGAGUAAAGAAAAUUAGAGACUACGCCUUUGUGCACUUUAAUAAGAGAGAAUAUGCAGUGGAAGCCAUGAAAUCCUUGAAUGGGAAGGUGCUGGAUGGGUCCCCAAUUGAAGUGACGUUAGCCAAACCCGUUGACAAGGACAGCUAUGUCAGGUACACCCGGGGAACUGGUGGCAGAGGUACCAUGCUGCAGGGAGAAUACACCUACGCCUUCGGACACAUGUAUGACCCCGCCGCCGCCUACCUGGGUGCCCCAGUUUUCUACGCACCCCAAGCCUACGCAGCUAUCCCCAACCUCCACUUCCCUGCCAUCAAGGGGAUCAGCAACAGGAGCAUCAUCCGGCCACCAUCCGUCCGAGAAAUUUACAUGAAUGUACCUGUAGGGGCUGCGGGAGUUAGAGGACUGGGAGGUCGCGGCUACCUGGCGUACACGGGCCUGGGGCGUGGAUACCAGCUGAAAGGAGAAAAGAGGGGAGAGGAUAAACUCUACGACCUCUUGCCAGGAAUGGAGCUCACGCCGAUGAACCACAUCACGCUAAAGCCCCAAGGGAUCAAACUGGCUCCGCAGAUCUUAGAAGAAAUCUGCCAGAAAAACAACUGGGGACAGCCUGUUUACCAGCUCCACUCUGCAAUUGGCCAAGACCAAAGACAGCUCUUCCUAUACAAAAUCACUAUCCCUGCCCUCGCCAGCCAGAACCCCACCAUACAUCCCUUCACACCACCCAAGCUCAGUGCCUACAUCGAUGAAGCCAAAACAUAUGCAGCUGAAUACACCCUUCAGACACUGGGGAUUCCCGUGGAGGGAGCAGAGGUGCCUCCUGCAGCCCCGGCUUUUCCAGGAUACACUCUUGCUAAUGCAGCUGCAAACGUCACAGCCACCCAGCUCAAACAAGCGGUGACCAUGGGACAAGAUUUAGCAACGUACACAGCCUACGAACCGUACCCUGCCUUCACGGUCGCUGCACGCAGCGAUGGCUACGGAGCAUUUUAAUCCUGUCUUUAAACUUAUUAAAGCCCUUAAAUCGAGCAGAGGCAGGAAAAAAGGUAUCUUCAGUCUCCUACUUCUAAUACCCUCAUGAUUUUAACCUAAUCUGUCACCUGAAGUUAGAUUUUAGUCGGAGAUUCAUUCUUGUAGCUCUUUAUUUUCAUAACAGGCAUUAAAGGAGAAAUUAAAAAAUCACUCAAAAUCAGAUUUUCAAAAUAGGAAGCAAAAUCUCUGCCCCAAAAAAGGAGUGGCUCUCGUGUGUGUUAAUAUACAUACACACAAUUGUGUGUUUACAAUCAACAGCCUGUGCUGAAAAGAGUUUGUCCCUUUGACACUGUGACAUGGGACCGGGGAAGGAUGGGGUGUCCAGUUUGUGUCCAAGCAACCCGUGCCAUUAGCGCUCUGGGGACGUGUUCGGGCAUCUCAAACACCUUUUAAAUCCAGUCUGGCACAGUCAAAGAAAAAUAUAUUGGUCAUAAACAUCUCUGCCCAGACUGACAGGAUGGUUUGCAUGCUCUUGAACGCUAAUUUGAUUUUUAAGGCAGGAGGCAAGCAUUCAGCAGCGUUUUCCCUCUUACUUUUUUACAUCCCAGCCAUAUCUGCAAGUCACAAAACAGCAAAUAACGAAGUAUUUUUUCUACCUCUCAUCAAAUGGCAUAUUCAGUGAAAAACAUGAAAACUUUUAGGACUAUUAAGUGUUAGGACUAGAAAAGUGUUGUUCAUUAGGGCCAAUUCUGUACUUAAUUAGAGCACAGGAGUUCACAGCCGUAGCUCAGUAAUAACAGGCACAUCUACAGGAUUAAAAUUAUAUACAAGGAACAGUAUCAACAGGAUGGAAAGAGCCCUGCCUGGCUAUCAGCUCUGCUUUAGACAUUAAAGCAAGGAUGCUGGUGCCUGAUGUUCUUGGAAAAAUUAAUUUAGUGGAGGACGGUUCAUAUCAACAGUAAAAUCACCUCUUGUUUUGGAGAGCACCAGUGUUGGUUUGUGUUGGAAUGCUCUGGGGAUGCUGAGAGCAUCAUCUGGUUUACAGCAGGAAGGCAUUACCCAUUCAUUUUUGCCAUUGGACUGAGAAAGGAACAAUGCUCUAGAGAUACAGGAGAAACAUAGUGUCUACAGUAUGUAUCUACAGCAGACAUGUUAAACCAGAUCCUACAUAGUAAUGCUCACUAAGAAAACCUGAAUCUGCUCAGCCUAGGGUCCCAAAAAACUACAGAACCUUUUUUUGGGGAGAAUUUACAAUCGGGUUGAUUCUAAGAGAUUUGCUCCCAAAUUUUUCAUCCGGACCAGAUGAUGCAAAGUGGACCGUACAAGCCAUAUGGAGCAGAGUUUUUCCCAUGCAUUACCCAAAGCUCUACAAAUCACGAUGGUUUUUGAUGACGUGUUGACUACCAGGAGCUAAGUGUUUUCUCAUGCUUCAGCUGAGUCAAUUUCACUAGUAAUGGAACAAAAAUACUAAAGCUGUAUAGUUUGCGGGUCCUAUUAGACCCUUUCUAUUUGUAAAGUAUAUCAUUAGAGUGAUCCUAAAGGUAUUAUAAGCCCUCUGUGACUGCUCUUGAGCACGCUUGGCUUUGCAGAAAAAGACAAAUCUGUUUACAGAGAGGAAAUAACUGAGAGUGUUAUAGUUAUCGCGGCAUUCUUUUUCUCUUCUAUGUCUUUUAAGUCGUGUUUGGCUGCCAACAAGUAACAUAUACGCACGUCUGUCUCUAAGGCUACUGUUGGCAGAAAGUGUUUCUAACUUUUCAGGUUCAGUAACUUUAGUCUGUUUUUUCAGCUAUUUAUAUAAGUUCAGGAAGAUGUCAAAGAAAAGGGCAAGAAGCAGUAUUAAAAAGUGUGUGCAUGAAGCACUUAUUUUUGUACACGUAGUACCAUAUUUGUAUAGAGUUUGAACAUUAUGAAGUACAGCGAAAAAUCACACUAUUUACUGGAUGACAACCACGUGUGUGUAAACAAUGAAAUGAAUAUGUCAUCACAAUCACUCGUUACAAGGAAUUUAUAACCGGGAUUACAUUCUGUUAAGCAAGUCUGCAAUUCUAGAGUAAUCCAAGGACAUUAGCUGGACUUUGAAAUAUCAUUAAAAGUUUUUAAACCAA